AUGGGUGAUGAAGAUGCGCAUGUUUCUAGGAGCGAGGACAGCGCGAGAGGCGCAAAUCACCCGCGAGCGGCUGUCCGACGAUGAGAAACAUGUGACCGCCGUUUGGUUGCUCAGACACAGCUCCACUUGCCCGGAUUAUACACAGCAGAGGUCUCCAUCUCCCUGAUACUGAGACAGGGACACCGCUGAGAGAGGAAGAUGGACACCACGGACCAAGGUGCUCAGAUAGAGCCGCUGCUACCGACGGUCAAUUCUUCGUUUGGGUCAUCCGUUGGGCAUCGAAGUUUGAGGAAUGAUGACGAGGCGGUGGUGGACCGAGGUGGAACACGGUCCCAACAGGGAACCAACUUUGGCCAGGAGGAUCUUGAAGGCCACAGGACGCUCUACAUCGGGGUCCACGUCCCCUUGGGCAGUACCAGGCACCACAGCCAUCGCAGGUCUCAUCACCAUGGAAACAAACACAGGAAAAGGAGCAGGGACCGGGCCCCCACCUUGGUGGAGGGUAGUGAGUCUCCUAUUUAUGACACUCCCUCCCAGAGAGUGCAGUUCCUGCUGGGCACUGAGGAUGAUGAUGAGGAGCAUAUUCCUCAUGACCUCUUCACAGAGAUGGAUGAAAUCUGUGUGCGAGAUGGAGAAAAUCCUGAGUGGAGGGAAAGUGCCAGGUGGCUGAAGUUUGAGGAGGACGUGGAGGACGGAGGAGAGCGAUGGAGUAAACCCUACGUCGCCACGCUGUCUCUACACAGCCUGUUCGAGCUGCGGAGCUGCAUUAUCAACAGCACGGUGCUGCUUGACAUGAGGGCUAAUAGCAUUGAAGAGAUUGCAGAUAUGGUCCUGGAUCACCAGGAGUUAUACUCACCACUGGGAGACGAUCUCAGAAAUAGAGUGCGUGAGACACUGCUGAAGCGGCACCAUCACCAGAACCACAAGAAGCUGGCCAAUCGCCUGCCGAUUGUACGCUCCAUUGCUGACAUGGGUCGACGGACAUCGGACCUCCACCUGGACAAGAAUGGUCAGAUGACAGCCUCCCAGUCUCAUUUAGCGGGUCCAGACGGGAAAGGGGACUUUAGUAGAGAGAACAGUUCUGUGGACUUCAGCAAGAUAGACCUUCAUUUCAUGAAGAAGAUCCCAGCAGGGGCUGAGGCGUGUAACGUGUUGGUGGGAGAACUGGAAUCUCUGAACAAGCCGGUGGUGGCAUUUGUCCGUCUUUCACCGGCGGUCAUGCUCAGUGGGCUGGCUGAAGUCCCCAUCGCCACAAGGUUUCUGUUUAUUCUUUUAGGUCCCUUGGGUAGAGCGCCUCAGUACCAUGAGAUUGGAAGAUCCAUUGCAACACUUAUGACAGAUGAGGUGUUCCAUGAUGUUGCUUAUAAAGCUAAAGACAGAAAUGAUCUGAUCGCUGGGAUUGAUGAGUUCCUCGAUCAAGUAACAGUCCUGCCUCCAGGAGAGUGGGACCCAUCCAUACGGAUAGAACCACCCAAAAAUGUACCUUCUCAGGAGAAGAGGAAGAAAAGUAACAUUUUACCAAACGGAUUAAUAGAGGGCGAUGAGGAAGAGGAGGAAGGUGGCCAUGGGGGUAAAGAACUGCAGCGUACUGGAAGGUGGUUUGGUGGUCUUUUCCUAGACAUCAAACGCAAGGCACCCCACUACCUGUCCGACUACACUGAUGCUGUUAGUUUACAGUGUGUGGCCUCUUUCCUUUUCCUCUACUGUGCCUGCAUGUCUCCUGUCAUCACCUUUGGAGGACUCCUGGGCGAGGCAACAGAAGGACGCAUAAGUGCAAUUGAGUCACUGUUUGGAGCCUCACUGACUGGAAUAGCCUAUUCCCUGUUUGCUGGGCAGCCCCUCACCAUUCUGGGCAGCACUGGGCCGGUACUUGUGUUUGAAAAGAUAUUGUUCAAAUUCUGCAAGGAGUAUGGCUUGUCCUACUUGUCUCUGAGAACCUGCAUUGGUCUCUGGACAGCGACCCUCUGCAUCAUUCUGGUGGCUACAGAUGCCAGUUCCCUUGUUUGUUACAUCACACGUUUUACAGAGGAAGCCUUCGCCUCACUCAUCUGCAUCAUCUUCAUCUACGAGGCCUUGGAGAAACUUGUCCACUUGGGAGACCACUAUCCCUUUAACAAGAACAACAACCUCGACAAACUCACCAUGUACUCAUGUUCGUGCGUUGAGCCUUCUGACCCCACCAAUGCCACCCUGAAGUAUUGGGAGAUGACUAACGUCACUGCCUCAGAAAUCUACUGGGAAGCACUGGAGGCCAAGGAUUGUAUUGAAAACCGCGGUGAGUUUGUGGGCAGCGCCUGCGGCCCUAAUGGACCCUAUGUUCCUGAUGUCCUCUUCUGGAGUACCCUGCUAUUCUUUUCCACCGUCUUUAUGUCCGCCUUUCUCAAGGAGUUCAAGUUCAGCAAUUACUUUCCCACAAAGGUGAGAUCCAUCAUCAGUGACUUUGCGGUUUUUUUCACCAUCCUAACCAUGGUCUUAGUUGACUAUGCCCUAGGGAUCCCCUCUCCAAAACUAAAGGUUCCCAGCGUGUUUAAGCCAACCAGAGAUGAUCGAGGUUGGUUCAUCCACCCUCUGGGGCCCAACCCCUGGUGGACCACAAUCAUUACAGUGUUCCCAGCUCUGCUGUGCACUAUCCUCAUCUUCAUGGACCAGCAGAUCACAGCUGUCAUCAUCAACAGAAAGGAACACAAACUCAAGAAAGGCUGUGGGUACCACCUAGAUCUGUUCAUGGUGGGGGUGAUGCUCGGCGUGUGCUCUUUGAUGGGCUUGCCCUGGUUCGUAGCGGCCACCGUCCUCUCCAUCAGCCACGUCAACAGCCUGAAGCUUGAAUCAGAGUGCUCAGCUCCUGGAGAGCAGCCCAAGUUCCUCGGCAUCAGAGAGCAACGCUUUACCGGCCUCAUGAUCUUCGUCCUCAUGGGCUGCUCCGUCUUCAUGACAUCUGUGCUGAAGUUCAUUCCGAUGCCUGUAUUGUACGGAGUAUUCCUUUACAUGGGGGCAUCUUCUCUCAGAGGCAUUCAGUUCUUUGAUCGUCUGAGACUGUUCGCCAUGCCAGCUAAACACCAGCCGGACUUCAUCUAUCUACGCCAUGUACCUCUGAGGAAGGUGCACCUCUUUACCGUCAUCCAGCUCAGCUGUUUGAUUCUGCUCUGGGUCAUCAAGACCUCCAAGGCUGCUAUUGUCUUUCCCAUGAUGGUGUUGGCUCUGUUGUUUAUCCGGAAGCUCAUGGACUGUUUCUUCACCAAGAGAGAGUUGAGCUGGCUGGAUGACCUCAUGCCAGAGAGCAAGAAGAAGAAGAUUGAGGAUGCUGAAGAGGAGGAGGAGCAGAGUAUACUGGCAGAAGAUGAGGGAGUCGUGCAAGUGCCAUUAGCAGAAAACAAGGGAAUACCCAUCAUCAAUAUCACAGAUGAAAUGUCAAAAGGUUCUUUUGGAAAUACUUGGAUGGGCAACAGCUAA